AUGGAGAGCCAACAUCAGCCAUCAAUUGUGCUAUUUUUGCUAAUUAUAUGUAACGUUAUAAUCAUCACCAUAUGGGGACUAAUUCCACAAUUGUGGAAGAAGCUGAGUCCUAUAGUUGCUCGCUGUGCGUACAAUCUGCGACUUCCAAUCGAAAGUUACAGCGCAAGUAAUGGGCUUGCGCUUUUUCACAUAUCCAAUAGAAAUCAGUUUCAAAAUUCCUCCUGUAGCGUGGUAAGCAUCAACAAUAUCAACCAUGGUGAUGCCGAAGAAAAUUUAGCGAAAAGCACGUCAUGCGAUUUUUACGCCUCCGACAAGUCACUAGAGAUUCGCGCAGAUUACCAAAACAUGACUGAAAAACUGCAAAUUAUUAUGGAAUCGAAAUCGCAAGGUCCAACCUACGUCACCGAUCUGUCUACACUAGUGAGACUAAGAUUUGGUCUUCAAAAUGUUGACAACCUCAUCGUUGGACCAUUCGAACACAAUAUAGAAUUUCGUAAUUUGCUGCAGAUGGACGUUUACAAAAAACUAGUGCUACGUUUCUGUCAAGUGAACGUAGUUUACAGCCGAACAUUUAUCGGUGGUAACUCCUUCCUCAAGUCCUUUAACGCUAUUCUUUACGAAUCCACGUUUUUGAUCGUCAAAACAUCCAUGUCCAAGGAUGGAAACUAUAUGAAUGUAUUUGCUGUCAAUUUUGUCGACGAAUAUUGUAUAAAACAUUAUCUUCGAUAUAGAGAUAGUCCUGAAUUUGAGGACGAUUUCCAUUAUUUAUUUAUGAAGGCUAGACGUUGCCAACAUGAAUCUACAAAGUUAUCGUUCCGUCCAGGAUCUAAGCUGUCCUACACUACCUUGCUUCAACUUCAGCAGUCUGCUCCGAACUGUUCAAUAGUGAGCGUCAAUAAUAAUAUGCACAGUGAUGCUGAGCAACAAUUAGCGGUUUCGACGAACUGCAGUUUUUUUGCAUCUGAUAAGUCUAUUCAUUCACCUGCUGCUUAUCAAACCAAAGCUACAAAUAUGGAAGUGAUCUUGGAGCAGACAUCGAGCGGAGAUAGACGGCAUGUCACCGACUUACGGUCACUUGUUCUACUAAACUCCAGCGCUCGAGUAAUUGAUAACCUUAUCGUUGGACCAUUCGAGCAUAAUAUUGAAUAUCGUGCGUUGCUCUGGCUCAACUUCUAUAAGAAGCUUGGUGUACAACUAUGUCAGGUGAAUUUGAUGUAUAAGCAUACGGACCUCAUCAGCCGAAAAUUUUUUAUGCAAUCUAUUCAUGGAAUCCUCUAUCAAUCCUUCUUUUUAAUUGCUAGGACAUCAAAGUCAAGGGACAACAAAAUAAUGAAUGUGUUUGCUAUUAACUUUAAAGAGGAGAUCUGCAUUGAACGCUACAUAAGAGAUAUAAACAAAUUCCGACCAAGUCGAACGUUCUUGCUUUCGCAAGAACAGCUUGUGCGCGACUACAAAAUCUAA